AUUUGUAUUAACUACCAUUGUAAGUCAGAUUCACUUUAACUCUCGAAUAGAUAAAACAUGAGUUCUCACAGAAAUGAACAAGACAAGUGGAUUAAUCCUUCUAAGAGAGAAUAUGUCCCAGUAGAAGGUUUUACUCUUACUGAUCAAUUUAAACAAGCAAAAAACCAAAUUGAUAACUUUGAAGUUAGCGAUAAUGAUAUUUGGAUCUCAACCUUUCCUAAGUCAGGUACUACGUGGACUCAAGAAAUGGUGUGGUUGAUUUUUAAUAACUUGGAUUUUGAAAAAGCAAAACAAAAUUUAAAUGACCGAUCUCCAUUUUUAGAAAUAAGCACCCUAAUUGAUUAUCAAAAUUUAAUGAAAACUUGUCCAGAUAUUCAAAUACCAGAAAGUCGACUAGAUUCAAUAAAAUUUGUCAAAAAUCAAAAAGGACCAAAAGUAAUUAAGACACAUUUACCUUGGGAGUUGUUACCAAAACAAAUUCAAAAUGGUGUUAAAAAACCAAAAAUUAUUUAUGUCGCUCGAAAUCCAAAAGAUGUUUGUGUUUCUUUUUUUAAUCACGAGAAGUUGAUAAGCGGUUACAGCGGCACUUUCGACGAAUUUUGUGAACUGUUUCUUGACGGAAAAGUAUUAUAUGCACCAUACUGGCAUCACGUUUUGACGUAUUGGAAAAUGAGGAAUACACCAAAUUUCCUAUUCCUAAAAUAUGAAGAUAUGAAAAGAGAUUUAAGCAAAGUGAUUCAAAAGGUUUCUGAAUUUUUGGAACGUCCUUUGAAUGAUGAACAGGUUGAAAUUUUACUUGAACACUUAAGUUUUGAGAAAAUGAAGCAAAAUCCUGCAGUGAAUAAAGAAGACAUGAUUGAUAUAUUCAAAAAACAUAAUUUAACAAAUUCCGAUGGACAGUUUUUCAGAUCUGGAAAAAUCGGAGAUUAUAAGGUUACAAUGUCUUCAGGAAUGAUAAAGCGAUUUGAUGAAUGGAUUAAAAGAAAUACAGAAGGAAGCGAUUAUGUUGUUUAAAAUAAUUAUUAUAUAAUUUUUAAUCGAGGCAUAAAAUAGUUAUUGUAUACACUACUAAUGUUUAUCUGUUGGGUGUAAAACAUGGUAGCCAUAAAGUUUUUUUAUAAUCUUA